AUGAAAUUCUCAGCUAUCACUCAUGUGGCAGGACUGUUCCUAUCGCUCAGUCUUGCCGUCGCUGGUGGUAAAGGAGAGUCGCGAACAGACGCGUGCAAGCCACAUCAUCCAUUUAAGCCUCUUCCUGACAGUCAGCCCAGAACUCGAACAUGUCGUGUAUCUAAUCAUGGUCAUGGAAUCGACGACUCCAAGAACAUUCUCAAAGCCUUGAGGAAAUGUAAUAAUGGCGGCAAGGUUGUGUUCGACGCUGAUAAGACAUAUACCAUUGGCACGGCAAUUGAUAUGACGUUCUUGAAACAUAUCGAUAUCGAGAUCGAAGGUACAGUUCAAUUCACAAAUGACACGGACUAUUGGCAAGCCAAUGCUUUCAAUCAAACUUUUCAGAAUGCGACGACAUUCUUCCAAUUGGGCGGCGAAGAUGUGAAUUUAUAUGGCACUGGUACUCUUGAUGGCAAUGGUCAAGUAUGGUAUGACCUUUACGCCGAGGAUGCCCUAAUUCUGCGUCCUAUUUUGGUGGGAAUUAUUGGACUCAAUGGCGGCACCAUUGGUCCUCUCAAACUACGAUACUCACCUCAGUGGUAUCAAAUUGUGGCCAACUCGUCCAACUUACUGUUUGAGGGCAUUGAUAUCUCUGGCUAUAGUACGAGCAACCAUACUGCCAAGAAUACUGACGGAUGGGAUUUGUAUCGCUCAUCAAACAUUGUGAUUCAGAAUUCAGUGAUCAACAAUGGUGAUGAUUGCGUUUCCUUCAAGCCUAACAGCACGGAUAUUAUUGUUCAGAACCUUCACUGCAACGGCUCCCACGGCAUAUCAGUAGGCUCACUUGGUCAAUACGAGGGUGAGGUUGAUAUCGUCGAGAACCUGCUCAUUUACAACAUUUCCAUGUUCAACGCUUCAGAUGGUGCACGCAUCAAAGCUUGGUCAGGCGUGUCCUCUGCACUAUCAACAGACUUGCAAGGCGGCGGUGGUUUAGGAAGCGUGAAAAAUAUCACCUACGACACCAUGACAAUUGAGAAUGUCGAUUACGCUAUUGAAGUAACGCAGUGCUAUGGCCAGUCAAAUCUCACCUUAUGCAACGAAUACCCGUUUUUUCGAGAGAUAAAGAGUAACCUCACAAUCUCUGAUGUGCAUUUUAAAAACAUCAAAGGUGUUACUUCCGGGAAAAAGUCGAACGUGGGAACAAUUGUUUGUUCGAGCCCGAAUACGUGCUCAGGUAUAUACGCAACUGAUAUCGAUGUUGAGAGUCCCUCCGGAACUGAUACUUUUAUCUGCACGAAUGUUGAUGAAAGUCUGUUGGAUGUCAACUGCUCCUCCUAG